GAUGAUGUAAACGAAUGCAUCCAUUAUUAAAUGUUUUAAUGAAAUAAUGCUAUUUAAUAUGAAUGGGCAGGAGGAAGAUAACACUUUUGAAAAUACAAUUUUAUCUUUUUAUAUCCACAAUGACUGGCGAGGUAUUUUAAGCAUCGACAUUAAUUAUUAUAAUAUAACAAAUGCUAGAAGGCUAAUGUGGGCCUGGCCUUCUGAAGAAGAGUUACAUUUCAUUGGCAAAUUAAUACUAGAGAAAAAAUUAAAUGGUGUUGUGUCAGUGGGAUGCGGAUGCGGUCUCUUCGAAUGGUUACUAGGACAGUGUACCAGUUUAAACGUACGAGGUAUCGAAAUAAAUGAUUCGUGGUGGAACAGUAAGUACAGUGGAACCAAAUUUAUCCCUUUACUUUUUCCUAAAUUACUACCGCAAACAAAACUCUUCAAUAAUGACGAAGCACUGCUGUUUUGCUAUUUCAACGACGAAAUAGCCUUUCAAAAAUAUGUAGCAGCCUACGAGGGUAAUUUGAUUUUCAUUGUGGGUCCCAAUAAAGGAACGAAUAUUUACGCGAACCCAGAUCCGAUAAAUCCGAAAUUUAGCUCGCAGGACAGUUGGAAAAUGAUCGACAUAAAACAAUUUAAAAACAGUAUCAAUGUUGUGUCUGCUUUUGAAAGAUCAACAAAAUAAAAAAAAAAGGGUUACUUAACAUAU